AUGCCGGAUCCCUGCCAGCACCCGCCCAACGUGGAGGCCAUAUCCCGCCUCCAGGAUGAGAUCGCGGGCUGCUCCAGCGCCAGCUCCCUGUUUCGCCUGCUGAAGAGGUCCCAGGCUCGGCUCCUGGUCACGGGCCUGGUCCCCCUGGCCUGGCAGGCCGCUGCCGAGCGGGGCCUCCUGCGCCCCAGCCCCAGCACAUGCAAGGCGCAGACGCGGCACCAGCUGCUGACCCUCCUCGUGGAGCUGGGCAUGCGCGUGGCCACCUCGCUCGAUGCGCCGGCGCUGGCGAGGCUGGCCGCCGCGGCGGGGGCGGUGCAGGGCGGCGGGACCCAAGUAGGACCCCUGCUCGCCGCCCUGCGGCGCCGUGCGGCGCAGCUGCCCCCCGCCGCCUUCGAUCCCUGCGCGGCCAUUGACACGCUGUGCGUGCUGGGCUGCGACGGGCCUCAGGCAGGCGCCCUUCUUUCCCACGCCCUGGACCGCUGCCUGCCGGGCCUCCAUGCCAUGCAGGCCGCAGCGCUGGCCAAGCUCCUGGUCCUGCUCAUCAAGGUGUGUCGGAUUGAGAAGGAAGGGGGCCAAAGGGGGGUAUGUGGGGAGCCUGCGAUGCUGCCAGGCGCCGCAGAGCCCCCUUUCCCAUUCAUCCCUCAUGGGACUGCACGUGGACGGAGCGGAGGCCAUGCCACGCCGCAUAUUCCAUCUCCCAGUCCCCCGAGCCUGACACCUGACAGACCCUCGCCACCUCAGGCUGGCAGGUGGGAGGACGGGUCGGUGGGCCUGGUGCUGGCAACCCUGGACGCCAGGAUCGACCAGCUGGACGCGCUGGACGCGCUGUGCACGCUGCGGUGCCUGGCAGCCUGGCCCGACCUUUCCCCCAGCCUCAUCUCCCGGCUGGCGUGCCACAUCGGCACGCGCUGCAUCGGGCUCUGCGCGCCAGACCUGUGCACCCUGGCCGGGGCCCUGCUCCACCUCAGACACGUCCCCGACGAGACGCUGAGGGACGGACUGGUGGAGGCUGCACGACGCCAGGUCCGCGCCACCCCCCCUCCCCAGCUGGCGAGGCUGGCCGAGGCGUACUGCCGCCUGCUGGGCGGCUUCCCACGCCACCGCGGGCUGCUGCAGGCGCUGCAGCGCCGCGUCGUGCACAGCGCGCAGGAGUGGAGCGGGGAGGACCUGUCCCGCCUGCUGGCCUGCUUUGCGCGCUGGGGGUAUGAUGCGCGGCCCGGCCCCUUCGUGGCCGUGGCCGCCGACACGCUGGCGCGCCUGGCGCCGAGGACGUCGCACGACGCCCUGCUGCGCGCGCUGUGCUCCCUGGCCAGCUUGGCCCAGCGCUCCCCCGCCGUCCUGGGCCAGGCGGGGCUGGAGGUGCGCGGCUUCGUGGCAGCAGCCGCGCAGCUGCUCGCCGCAGAGCAGGGGAGUUCCCGCCUGGGCGCGCGCGCGCCCGCCCUCUUUGCCGCACUGGCGGGCCUGCAGGCGCGGCCGGGGGGCCUGCCGCCGGGCGUGCGCGCCGCGCUGGGCGCCGCGCUGGCCGCGGCGCUGGAAAGCGCGCCCGCGCCGGAAGUGGAGCGCGCGGCCUGGGCGCUGCAGGCGCUGGACUGGGGCGGCGGCCCGGGGCUGGCUGACGCGCUGGCGCGCGCCGCGCUGCGCACGCUGGGUGCCCUGAGCGCCGCCGGCCUGGCACUGUGCGUCUGCACCAGCGGCGCGGCGGCCGACGCGGCCGGCGAGCCGGUCGAUCGGCACACGCUGCGCGCGCUGUCCGUCGCCAUGCGCUCGCGCCUGCACGCGCUGGGGCCGGGGGACAGGGCGCGCCUGCUGCAGGCCUUGGGGCGUCUGGCGCGGCGCACGCCCGGUGGCGCCCCGGCGCCUGAGCUGCUGGACCUCCUCCAGCUCCUGGCGGACAGCGUGCGGGCAGACGACCUGGCCAGGCUGGACCCAGUGGGGGCCGCCGCGGCGCUGGCCGCCUGCGCCCACCUCCCGCGCCACCCAGGGCGACUGGUGGAGACCCUGAAGUCAAACCUGCUGAGGCACCUCCAAUCCUUUCCACAUGACCAGCUGGACAAUGCAGCACAGGCAUUAGCAUGCCUCUCCCCGGAGGAUGCCGCGUCCAGGGCGGCGCUGGAGGCACGCCUGCACCAACUCAAGCUUGGGUAG